GCGGCGCUGGUUAUGUACAGAGAGGUUCCCAGUGUGUAGAGUGCUGUAUGUAGAAGUUGAACAUGCUUUAAGGGCAUCCUGUCACACACACACACACAAACACACACACACGGAGCAGAAGCCUGAGAGAGAACAAAAACAACUAAUCUCACUUUAAAUCAUGAGGGCUUAUUUCUCCACCAGUUGGAUAUUUCGAGGCUGGAUCUACUGCCUGAUCUUUGCCUUAUGUAUCCAGAGAAAACAUGCCAAACCAACAUGCUCAGAAACGCAGUACCUCUGGAAAAACAAGAAAUGCUGUAGUCUGUGCAAACCAGGAACGUAUCGGUCGGCGGAAUGCAACGAGGACAGUGACACCAAAUGUCGGCCAUGUGGGAAGAACGAGUACCAGCCAGAAUAUAACAAGGAGGAGGCAUGCCUUCCACAGAAGUUCUGUGACGAGGGGAAAGGAUUUUUUCGGCCCACUCCCAGUAGCACCACAGAGCUUGAAUCAUGUCGGUGUAGAGACGGCUUCCAGUGCACCACCACGUACUGCGAGUUCUGCGAUAAAAUCAAGCCCUGUCCUCCAGGCCAAGGACUCGCAGGGGAGCCUGGCAAACAGUCGUGUAAGGACUGCGACUACGGAUUUUUCUCUGAUUCCAACUCGGUAGAAGCGUGCAAGAAAUGGACAGACUGUAAAGCCACUGGCAAGACAGAGGCAAAGCCGGGCAGCCCUGAAGCAGACACAGUGUGUGGGCCACCUUUCGAGCCUUUGACAUCGUGGGCCAUUGUGGCAAUACCCUGUGCCAUAAUCGUCAUAUUUGCGGUGAUUCUUUCCUGCUACAAGGAUAAACUGAACAUCCUCUCAGUUAAUCUACGAACCUGUGUCCAGAACAUUAAACAGAGCAGAAUCCAACAAGAGACGCUAACACCACCGUACAAUAGCAACCGCCCCCUGUAUGAGAUCACGUCUCAGGUGGAUGAAGGAACCACAGAAUACCUGAGCAUGUGCUCCAAAGCCAAUUGUGAUUCCCCUGGCUUAGACAAGACUCAAGAAAACAAGAAGACCACACACUCCUCCCAGCUGGAACGGGACCAGGCCGACGGAUCGUCAGGCAGCUCCAGCGAGGGCUCCGAGGGGCCAGGUUCUCCGCUUCCUGGCAGCUCCUGCAGCUGCUUGAUCAUGAAGGAGCCGAUGGAGGUGGGCGAGAACGAGGACUGCAGUGAGCUGGUGGCAACAGGCCUGGCUGGCUGCUGCUCCUGUGCUCAGGGGGAGAAUGUGGUCAUCCAGCCGAGGAAGGAAGGCGAUGUGAGCCUGAAAGAGUCUCCUCUGUGUGGGAACUGCUACACUGACAGCCUACCGGGAUGCCUGCAAGGCUCUCAGGAGCUGUACCUGGACUACAGCAGUGCAGCCGGCAAGGAGGUCAUGUCAGAGGUCAGGGAUUUACACAGUGACACAAGCACAUAUGAAAGGAAUGAGCCACAAUGCUGCAGCAUCGAAUCCACUGCCGUACUAUCAUCACUUAGCAUGAGCAACAACCAGGGGCUCUCGCUGAUCUCCAGAGCAGAUAACUCAGAUAAAAAGCCCAAAGCUGAUGCGGAUUUGGAAAUCCAGAGCCAGAGCUCCGAGGCUGCUCUCACCUGUGCUCAGGUGACAGGAAACAACAACACGACAUUCAUCUCCACCGGCCAGGUGAUGAACUUCACGGGUGAUGUUAUCAUGGUGUACGUCAGCCAGACGUCACUGGGCAGCAGCGGUGACGAAGAGCCUUACGCCAGUCCAGUUCAGGAGCAAUCGGCUGAAUGCGGCGUUCAGAAUGUGCCCAAAGCGCAUGAGAGACAUAUACCUGUGCAAGAAAUGACAAACCAGCGUCCUCAGCUGAAUCUCUCUGUCUGAACUGGAGCUUCGAAUUUUUCUUUUAUAUUUCUUUCCUAGCAUCCAGAGUGCUGUUUCUUAAAAAUGCCGUGCAUUUGUUAAAUAUUUGUAUAUACAGUACGUUUCGUGUUUGUUUUGCAAUCAGCAUCUACAUGCUAUAAUGCUACGAUGAUUUGCCCGUUUAUUCUGCAUUGAAUUUUUUUAUCCAUGACUGUAAAUUGCAGAAAUAAACUCUCCAGGCCGAAUAAACCCCGUGGAUCAAUGAGACAAGGAGCCAAAGUGCUGAAUGACACCUGCCAAACAAAAUCAUCACAGGUCCAAGAGAAAGCAAGACUUUUAGAAGGGGAACAAAAGUCUGACUGUCCCAGAUGUCCCUUCGCUCUUAGCUGUUUUAAAGGCUAGAGCACAACGUCUCCUUGAGAGAUCACUUCAUGGACCAAAAGGAACUGUGAAUGUAGAGGGACAGUUUGCUUUUUUUUCUUUUCUUUUUUUUUGCAGUGUUUCUUAAAAAUGUAUUUUAUAUUAUAUACUUUCUGAUCAGGGAAUUUUAUGAUUUUCAGAUAUUCUUCAGAUUUGUUUGUUUGUUGUUUAUGGUGGCAUUUUUAGUCACCAACCUGACCAUUCAGUUUCGCUGAAAUAAAAAGGAGUGUAGCCAUGGA